CUAAGGUUGUUCUUUAUUCUAUGCUGACACUGCUCACGCCACAGCACGGGCCUGUCGAACCCGUUUCAAGUGCUACCUGGGAGGUGCAAAGUCAGGCACGACACAAAGCUGCAGUUGUGUGUGAGGUGCGCCAUGGCUCUUGGCACACAGCGGUACAAGUUAGUCGGCUUCACCAAACAACUGGACCGGAGAUCUUUGCACUUCGUCGAGCCGCUUCCGGCAUAUAGAAUAUGCAAAGCGUGCGGCCUGGUGCCGAGAAUGGCAGCUUUUCUGCCAUGCUCAGACGUAGUCUGCAGAUUGUGCUACGAGCAGUGCCGGCUUAACGACAACUUGUGUCCGCUCCAUGGCCAAACGUUCAAGGAAGCAGAUGUCGACUGGAGAGAGUUUCCUGCGGACGCCCUGCUCAGACGACAGGUAAAAUGCUGGAAUGAAGAAAGUGGCUGCGACGUGGUCAUGGCUGCCUCCGAGCUCUACGAGCAUUUCUUCCAAGAUUGUGAAUACCACACCACGUCCUGUCCUAAGUGCUCGGCUCCGAUUCUUUGCAACGAUGUGUUCGCACACCUCAGAAGCGGCUGUGCCGAUCAUACUGUGUCUCGCAUGUCUAGAGCCCCGCAGGCUUCCUCCAGUGAUCCAGAAGCAAUACUGAUAGCUUUGAACACAAGCUUAGAUGCGCGAGUUGGUGAAACAAAGGACAUCCUAAGUGAAGCCCUGGGCGCGAGUAGCGCUCAGCUCAAUAACCGACUAAAUGAGCUUUGUCUCUGCAUGAACACGAUCAAACAAGCAUUGUUACAGCCGUCCACAAGUGAAAUUUGUGAAGGGCCAAGUCAUGUUUCAGAAGCGGCUGCUGGUGUUGCCUCCGUCAGGGCAAUCAAGCAAAUUGUUAACGCACACGGCGACAGGCCCACCGAACUUUCAGAUAGCGUAAGCAGCCCAGGUUACACUCCAAACCGAACUGUAGGAGAUACCGAAAUGACAAGUCUCAAGAGGCCCAAACAAAAUACAAAUAAUCCGAGCAUGGUUCAGGAAAAAUCGAGCAAAAGCGUGGUAGAACGCACUCCCAGUCUCAAAGAAAUUUCCCGGGGCCUGGAGAAUUCUAAUGAAAUCCAAAUGGGAAGCGAUCUUGACCCUUUGACAAAUUUUACAACCUUUGAAAGCAUUGCCACGAACUCUGGUUUUAUCACUGCACCUAGAGAGAUUCUGAAACAUGCACCUAGAGAGACUCUGAAAGAAGCACAACAGCAAACGCAAUUCGAUAGAGAAGAAGAUGCAGAAAGCACAGGUGACACCAAACGUUGCCAGCUCACUGUGAGGGCACUAAAUUCAAUGAGGAAAUUUGCAGAAUUAAAUGGCUCUUUUGAUUAUGUUGGCGAAAAAAUAUACCUCUCUGGCUAUCACAUGUUGGCAGGCGUGAAGCUCAUUAAGGGUGAUGGUUCUGUGACCAUGCACGCACGUAUUAAGCUUAUCAAAGGCGUGAACGACGAAUUUCUCCACUGGCCAUUCAAACGAAACAUCAAGGUGAUCGCUGUACAUCCGUCUGGGCACCAAGUGUGCCAUUGUGUAAAUUAUACUUUUCUCAGUGUUUCGCACUUUGGAAAGCCAGGGCCAUUUGGCAACACACCCUUGUAUUUUGCAGAGUCUUCAUUAUGCUUGGAAGAUCUUGAGCGUGAAGGAUACACAGUAGAUGACAAGGUUCAGCUGGCGUGGGAGCUCGCUUAGUGCAUCCGGUGAAUAUAUGAGUCAUUUCAGUCGUUUUGGUUUUGCUCCAAUGUACACUGCUGUCUGACAGCACUGCUAAUUUCAUUGAUCUGCCAUACUUGCGGAUUUGUUCGUGUUCUAUGGUAUUUCACGGCUUUCUGUACUAUUAUUUUGUGCUGAAUUUCCGUCCUUGUAUUCACUAUUAUCAUCACUAAUGCUUUCUUCCUCAAAAUAUGUCAAAUAAAGCGUUUAACAAAAUGCAA